AGGGAGCCGUCUGCCUUCCGCUUUGGGCAGAAGGAUAGACACACAAUGAGUAGACGAGGCUGGGGAGAAGCUCCACUAACGCCGCUGUAAAUAUAUCCAUCAUUCACUGAGGCCAGAGAAACAUGGAGAACCAGUGCACUGUGCAGGUAAAACUAGAGUUGGGCCACCGAGCUCAGCUAAGGAAGAAGGUGACAUCGGAAGGCUUCACCCACGACUGGAUGGUGUUUGUCCGAGGCCCAGAGACUGGUGACAUCCAGCACUUUGUAGAGAAGGUUGUCUUCCGGCUGCACGAGAGCUUCCCCAAACCCAAGAGAGUAUGCAAGGAGCCUCCGUACAAAGUGGAGGAGUCGGGCUACGCAGGUUUCCUCAUGCCUAUUGAGGUUUACUUCAAGAACAAGGAGGAGCCCAAAAAAGUGUGUUUCAACUACGACCUUUUUCUUAACUUGGAGGGCAACCCACCAGUCAACCACCUGCGCUGUGAGAAGCUCACCUUCAACAACCCCACCAAAGAAUUCAGGAGAAAGCUGAUCAAAGCUGGAGGGGUGUUGGUGGUCCCUGAGGGGGCAGAAGCCAUGUCAAGGCCAAGCCCAGACUACCCCAUGCUCCCCACCAUCCCCCUCUCUGCCUUCUCAGACCCCAAGAAGACCAAGACCUCUCACGUGUCAAAGGAACCCAGCAAAGAAGGAAGUGGAGGCAGCAGCAAAGGACCCAAACCACACAAGUUAACCAAGGAGCACCGAGAGCGGCCACGCAAGGACUCCGAGAGCAAAGCCGCUUCAAAAGGAGACAACGAUAGAGACGGAAGCAGCAAGCCUGGCCGCGAUCCUUCCUCGUCCUCGUCUUCAAAAAAGCCGUCAGACAUCAAAGUGAAAGAUGAAGUAAAGGUCCUCCCCAAGGCAGCCUUCAAGGAGCCUAAAAUCACACUGAAGGACUCAAAGAUGGAGGGAAUGUCCCCGAAAGGAGGGGGGGCCGGUAGCGGCGGAGGAGGCGGGGGAGGAGGUGGCGGUGGGCCGCCGGAGCCCAAAGCACCGGGGAAACGACCGUCCACGGUGGAGUCUCCCAAACCGAGCGCUAAGAAGCAGAAGAAGGCCAGCUCCGAGGGGCCGAAGGGGCCUACCACCGGCGGCGGCGGGGCCUUCACAGGAACCUCCCCCCGUGUAUCGUCCUCGUCCGCAGCAAACCAGUCGUACGCUGAGAAGAAGCCCCCGAAAGAGAAGGGUCGCUGGUUCAAAAGCAAAAACGAAACGCAGGAACUGAAAGAGGCCAAGAAACUACAAGAUUCAGAAGAGUCGAAUUCAGAGGAUGAAGCAUCGUCAAAAUCAGAGCAGUCGGCUCCCUCCAGUCCUUCCACUCAAAGCUCCAGUUCAGAUUCCAGUUCAGACUCUGACUUUGAGCCAGGACAGAAACAAGGACAAGGCCCCCUGCGAUCCAUGGUGGAGGAGAUCCAGUCUGAAGAGUCAGAUGAUGAUGACUCCACCUCAGAGGAAGAAACGCCCAUCAAAACCAACCCGCCUAACCGCGACUCUCGACUCAGCCUGGACAGCGAGAGUGACAGCAGCGACGGCUCCCACCGCCCCAGUCGAGACCCGGCCCCGCCCCCACAGAAACACAGCUCCUCCAAUAACAAAGUGUCUGUCCGAAAAAGCCCAGAUUCCUCGUUUCGCUCGGAGAAGGUGAUGAAGAAGGGAUACGACAAGGUAGGAAGGGCCUACACAGAAGAACUGGUGGACCUCCACCGCAGACUGAUGGCAUUAAGGGAGCGUAAUGUCCUGCAGCAGAUCGUCAACCUGAUCGAGGAGACGGGCCAUUUUAAUGUGACCAACACCACCUUUGACUUUGACCUCUUUUCACUGGACGAGUCCACUGUCCGCAAACUACAGAGCUACCUGGAGGCGACCACGUGACAGGAAGUGGAAGCCGGCCUGCGGAUGGCGGAGGCGGCCUCGCCGCUGCGUCUGCUCUUUCGAGAGGAGACGGGUAGCCGGAUCUGUCGCAGCUCUUUCGCAGGACUGACUGAACCGUCGAACAAGUACCGCGCAAAAAGAAACACACGAACAAGCACACACGAAGACGCAACUCCACCACCUACGCGCAAUGCCGGGGAGAGAACUGGAGGAGGAGCAGCGGGAGGCGUGGAAGGAGACACCGGAGUGGCAGAACUCCGUCUGCAGUCAGGAUUUUCACUACACAUCUCUCGUCUCGAGUCUGUGCAGUGGUGUGGAAUUCACCCCACACCCCCUCCUCCACCCUCCUGCACCCUCAUUGCUCCCGCCUCUGCAAACCUAAUACUUCCCCCUCCUCCUCUUCCUCCUCCUCUACAUGCACACUCCUUACUCGGCAGAACACUCCAAUUCUUCCCCCCCACCCCCCGUUGUCAGCUGGAGCUCAUUUCUCUCUCGACAUACUCUUGAGUUGUGUGUGUGUGUGUGUGUGUGUGUGUGUGUGUGUGUGUGUGUGUGUGUGUGUGUGUGUGUGUGUGUGUGUGUGUGUGUGUGUGUGUGUGUGUGUGUGUGUGUGUGUGUGUGUGUGUGUGUGUGUGUGUGUGUGUGUGUGUGUGUGUGUGUGUGUGUGUGUGUGUGUGUGUGUGUGUGUGUGUGUGUGUGUGUGUGUGUGUGUGUGUGUGUGAGCACUGCUGAGGUUUAAGGGGAGAUGUUGUCUUUGUGGUUACUGACUUCUCUCUGUUUGUGAAGCUUGAACACAAACAGCCAGUUUGAUUCUUCCCCCAAGCAUACACCAACAUAUAAAGAAUUAAGGUAGCACUUUACUUUAUUAGCCACCUGUUUAACAUUAAUAGGUACAUAAACUUCAAACAAAUGGAUUGUGACACACUAUAAUGUAGUUGUAAGCAGAUACGCGUUUCCUCAUGUAUCGCAUUGAUCAGAGUAUAGGAGUUAAAACCCAUAAAGACUUUUAGUUCUUCUUUUUUUAAGAGGUUUUCAUGCAUGCAGCAGUUUUAGGAGCAAAAAGAUGAGCUGUCUUUUUCUUCCUCUUGUUUUCCUCUCACACGUUACUCAGAGCAGUAAAAGAUUCACUUGCUGAAAAUACUACUAAUGUGGUUUGGGCAAGGGUUGCAGGAGGCAACACGUGUGAUGCCGGCUCAGUCGCGGCGUACGCACCAGAGCGUUAGCUGUUUGCACACGAUCUGACAUGACGAGAAAGUUUUAGAAGAACAGCGCGCACCGGAGAGGUCCGGUCUGAUAGUUGCGCUCAUUACGUGUGACAACUCUAACUCUUUGCCGCUUUUUUCUAAGCCCGGUUUGGGUCUCUGCAGUAAAGAUUUGGGGACUGGCCUUUCACUUGAAUUCAUUUAUUCCCCUCUGUGGCAGUAAAAGAUGGCGCACGCGUCUUAGAAACUCCUGUAAAUAAAAGCCAGAAAGCCUUUUAGUCCCGACUCUAAGCUACAAACAAAGGCAGCGUCCUGUAGGAGAAAAGGGUCAUACACUAGACAACCACUGUUAUAUUUUACUUUUAGAAGUAAGUUUCAGAGUAACGUAGUCCCGUUUCAUGGCAUUUUUUUUUUAUUGAAUUAUACUCAUCGUCUAAAGUCAGAGUGUGUCUGUCUGAACAGCCACACUUGAAAGCGGGUGUGAAACCUCAUAUGUAAUUAUAGUGUGUUAUAAACCAGUUGUUGAGUAUUUGCAGUGCUCGUGAAUGCUCAAUGUGAGGCUUUAAAGCAAAGCGGUACCGAGAUUCAUGCACAUGUUUGCCUCCCGGGUCCUUCCAGCUUUGAACACUGUACAUGAAGACACUGAGACGUGUGCUGUGUGUGUGUGUGUGUGUGUAUGUGUGUGUGUGUGUGUGAGCUUUCUGUCGUCUGAACAUCUGAAAGCGUUCUCCUCAGUUCCCCCUCUCCUUCCUCGCACUGAAAGCUGAGCCUUGACCUCCUACCAACAGCGACCCCUCCCUUCGCUCCAUCCCUCCUCUUCACCCCCCCCUCGUCCCCCUCCUCCCUUCUUCCCAUAUUGGCGUGCAUGAAAGGGCUCGACUGCUCGCAGCCGGAGCAGCGGAGGGUCACUCCUGAAUUGCCUUUUAAGUGUUGGGUCGGGCACGGUAGGGUGGGGAGAAAUGGGGGGAGGGGGGGGUUUAAAAAGCCGUGAAAAAGUAGCCAUACUUGUCUCCCUGAUUCCAAAAAUUAAAAAAAACAAAACAAAAAUAGGGGCCACGCUUUUUUACAUUUUAUUUUUCUACAAGUGCAUUUUGUGUAUUUAUUCCCAGAUAACCUGUGAGCUAUGAAUGUAUAUCGCUUUUACUUUUCUACGGCUAGAAACAGCCCCACUCUAGUGCCUUUUUCCUGCGACUUGCAGUGUGUAUAUGUGUGUGUGAGUGGGGAGGGGGUGCGCUCUGUUAGGCAUGCCCACACAGAUUGAACACCACCACCCCACCCCACCCCAGCCCCCUCCUCCCCUUGGGGAAACUAGUAUUAAUUGGGAUGCCUGACUAUCCAGUAUUUUCCUAAUAGCUUCCAUCCCUGCUUCUCCUCUCCAGUGUCUCUGUAGGCUGUCGUCCCUUUUUAUCAAUAAUAUUUCCACUCAUCGGGCCCUCUGGGAAUUUUCAGAAGGCGGCCAAGAUUUUGUCCUCUUCAGUUUUGGGAUUAGGUUUUUUUAACGGGGAAGCGUCGGACGACCGCGUGGUAGUUCCUUCCAGUAAUGCGUGCUGUUCAAUAGGCUCCCCCUUCAAGCAGAGUUAAGCGUGCCAGCCAACAGCCAAGUGUCCGAUAUCAAGUCGCCAGGCACUUGAACGGCAUCACUAAUAGAUGUGAAGGCAAGAAAAUAAACACGCUGGUCUUUACAUCAGGAAUCAGACUGAUGGUCUCACAAAGCUGGCUUCUUCUAACUAAUCAGAUCAGUGACUGUAUGCUGCGUGGCUCAUUCUGUUUAAAAAUGAUGGUGAUCAACAUAUCGGCAGAUUCACUCGCUUUAUGCACUCAGUAUCUCAAACAUUUAAGACGUGUUAAAACAUAGUUUAUCCCAGAGGUAGUGAUGUUAGAGACUAGACUGUAUUUUGUUUGUUUGUUUAUUUUAAAGCUAAUAUUGAUAUUAGAGGCUUUCAAUAAUCUAAUCUAAUUAUAAUGUAAGUUUAUAUUGAGCAGUUUUAAUUUUCUUCCCCAUUGCUCUGCGGCGCUUCAAGCCAGAUCUUUGGUGUUUGUGAGCCUACUUCGGCUCUUUGAUGGGUUGGGACCCGGUAAGCUAGCCGUGGUGAUUUAUGCAUUAAUGAUCGGGACCUAGUCAACAGAGUACUUGAACAAAGUCAGAAGUGACAAUCAUCAGUAACGCCCGCUUUAAAAGUUCAUUGGAAAGCACGUUGACGCACUAAAAUGGUGUUAAAUGAUGGAGGUCGACUGCUGUAAACGAUGAGGUUUUGUGUAGUUGAGUACUUUGCACAGUGAUUUGAACAAUUUAACUCUAAUUGAAUUGGCAAAAACUAUCCUCGCGUGUUUACUGUAACCUCAUUUAACGGACACCAUCCCACCAGGUCGGAGAAGCUCCGCCUCCUCCUCCUGCUGUGGACUAAAGACCAAUCAUUUGUAUGCAAUAGUUUUCUUUGCAUCAAUCCGUACUGUAAAAAGAUCGUAACAAACCAGAGAAGCACAAAUGUCGCUUUCUUCACUCUGUGUAAUAGAGUCCAGUGUAAUAUCUACUCUUAUUUUUAGCUCUUAGUCUUUGAUUAUUGUUUUCUCUUUACGUUCUUUGUAUUUACUGUAUAUCGCUUACUUGUUUUUAUGUGUUCUCUUCUCAGACUCUGUCUAUGCUCUAUAUAUCUAUAACGCUGCUGCAGAAUUUCCCCCUAAAGGGAUCUUCAGUUUUAUCGAACAUUAAUGACACUACUCUUGCUCGUGAGUAGCUUCCUGUUGCGUAAUCUGAACAAACGUCUGCUUGACACAUACAGGAGCCAGUUUUGUGAGGCCCAAACGAGUCAGAACUGAGCGCGAGUUCUGGACUUAUUUGGGGCCUCGAUGUUGGUUUUUUGUGGCCCCCUUUAGGCUUCACGCUCUCUCAGACACCAGCCCACUGAUCUCCUCCCUCGCUUUUCCUUUUCCUUUUCCUGUGCUUCUGUCCUGACGUUCCAAUAGCUUUAAUACUUCGCUCUCUCCUUCUGUUGCCUGCCUGGCUCUGCGCCCCACUCCCAUUGCCCUUACCGUAAACGCCGCGGAAGAUGUCUCCAAAACUAAAAUCGGCAUCGGCGCCGCCUCAUGUGCCCUGCAGUAGCCCCCCUCCCGCCCCUCCCUUCUUCCUCCCUCUGUGCCACCUUCAUUUUUCCCGAGGUGUGCCUCUGUCAGCAGAACUUCAGGCCCGAGAGUGAAUUUUGCAGCCGUGUGAGUGACGUUAGUGCAUCUUGCGUGCGUGUUUGUCAGUGAUGGGAGAGAAUUUCAAACGAACAACUUUCCUCUCUGUCCUCUGUGCACCGAUGUGGGAACUUAGAAGUCCUAGUUCAUGAACUCUGACCUUUGACCAGGCGCUCAUUUGGUCCCUUGUGGUGGUGGCGGAGACAGUGAGAGUGGGAGAAGCCCCACUAUCUACCCACAGUCAACGUUUUAUUUAUGGACCUCUGCACUUUUGGCUGUGAUGACUUCAGUACUUAAGUAGUUACCUAAACUGUAUUUUUAAGGAUUUUAUACAAUAUUUACAUGCAAUACAAUAUGAAUUGAG